AUGGCAUACCUGUUCAUUUGCGGCAUCCAAAGCGCAUCCCGCUUGCUGUUCAUCAUUUGGAACUUUAACGAGGACUUCUCAGGUGGCUUCCAGAUCGCAGCCAAGCGCAUCGGAAUGCUGGAAAGCUUCCGCGCAGGCAUUGCGUGGCUUUCGGUUACCUGCAGCUACCAGGGAUGGGACAUAAUCAAUAAGCAGGCAGUGCUGUUUGUCUCCUUGGUGACCUUGUUACUCCUCUUCAAGGCGCCUCAUUGCUAUUCCGCCUAUGUCUUGCCCAAAUCCAGCUUCCUCGAGGCUCUUCCAUCGCAGAAGACAUUCAUCCUGCUCAUGAUGUCCGAGAUGAUGAACUUCUUGGCCAUUUAUCCCUCGAUGAACUUCGAGCAUUGGUGGACCUUGAACGGCUGGAGCCCCACGGAGAUCGCCGGCUUUGCACUCUGCGUGGCGCUCCUGAGCCCGCUCGUGGUGUCCUUGGCCUUCUACGCCCUGCAGAGGAGAGCCCUUUGGGGUCCAUGGGUCACACGGGAUUUCACUUGCCUACUUCCACCUGGAGCAUUGCUGCGGGCCUUGGCACUUUGGGACUUGGGGUUCUUGAACCACCGAAGUCCAAGCUUUGUUGUGGCCAUCAUCGCAUCAGUGAUCGUGGAUGUGGCGCGGAACGCCACGGUGUGGUGUUCCAUCUUGGGCAUCCUGGGGAACAAGUGGUGCGCUGGCUGA